AUGGCUUCUUGGUCUAGAUUUAACAAAAUUGCUCUUCUGAGUUUGGGUGCAGUCGGUGGUAGCUAUGUAUAUUACAAUAUAAACAGUACUAGUGAAGAAAAAGUAGGCAAGAAUAGAGUGUACAAUGCUUGGACAACGAAUUAUACUCCCAGUGUCCGAUGGGACCAGAACUGGGACCUCCGGUCACCUGAAUCAUUGGUUAACAAGAACAAGUACAUGAAUGAUGAAAGUGAUGACAACAAAUACAAUGAAAAGCUGGAGAGUGUCAAAAGUAGAUCUGUCAGACAUUUGAUACUGAUCCGUCAUGGGCAAUACCACAUGGAUAAGAAAGGGGAUAAAGAGAGAAUUCUUACUCCAUUAGGUAGGUUACAAGCCGAAAUGACUGGCAAGAGGCUGGCAGCUCUGAAUAUCAAAUGGGACUUAUUGGUCCGUUCCACCAUGACCAGGGCUCAAGAAACUGCAGAAAUAAUUGCACAGCACUUGCGUAAUGAUCUCCCAGUCAGAGAUUGUCAGCUGAUCGAAGAGGGUGCUCCAAUACCACCUGAGCCACCCGUCGGACAUUGGAAACCGGAGAAAUCACAGUUCUUCCAGGAUAGUGCCAGGAUUGAAGCGGCGUUUAGAAAAUACUUCCACCGCGCCCCCCCAGAGCAGACCGAAGACUCGUACACAAUAUUGGUGUGCCAUGCUAAUGUCAUAAGAUUCUUCGUUUGCAAGGCACUCCAGUUUCCACCAGAAGGUUGGCUGCGGAUAUCACUGAACCACGGCUCUAUCACCUGGGUGUCCAUCAAUCCGAAUGGCAGCGUGAUCCUCCGAGCCCUGGGUGAUACUGGCCACAUGGACCCACAGUAUAUAACGAGCCGGAACAGUAGGAGUUGCAAGUAA